UGUCGGGCUCAGCGCCCGCGCGGCGUCUGCCUGGUUGCUCUGGAGGCGGGGGCGUCGCUGCCCGCCCUCCGGUCCGCCAGCCUCUGCCAUGGGGAGCGCCGAGAGCAGCGAGAGCCGCAGAGUGUCCUUCGAGAUGGACGAGGAGGAGCGGGUCCGGGUGCUCCAGGGCAUCCGGCUGUCUGAAAGUGUGGUCAACCGCAUGAAGGAUUCUGGGGAGCCUUCAGAAGGGCAGCAGCCAGUUGCUCCACCCACCGCGCCUCCACCCACCGCGCCCCCACCCAUGGCGCCUCCACCCGCGGAGCCUCCAGCCACCGAGCCUCCACCCACCGAACUUCCACCCAUGGCGCCUCCACCCAUGCCGCCUCCACCCACUACGCUUCCACCUGCGGCGACUUCGCCCCCUACACCUCCACUCUCUACUCAUCCACCUGCUACUUGUCUACCUACUACACGUGGCCCCUCAGAAGGCAGCUUUACAAUCCCUCAGAAAGAAUUCAAACUGCCCAGGUCAGAGCCUGGUGGUUUCCGGCAUCCUUCAGAGGUGACCGAGGAGUUCAAGAGGUUCAAAGAGGAGCAGGCUGCAGUCCAGGAUGAGCUGUUCCAGGUGGUGAAGAGGGAAAGAGAGGCAGCCUCGAAGCUCUUGAAGGCCCCACUGUCUCCAGGGGCAAGUGACACUAAUCGUGACAAGAGGCAUUCUGUGCGCCUGGCCAGGGAGCUGGAGAGCAGAGAGGCAGAGCUCCAACGCCGAGACACCUUCUACAAAGAGCAGCUGGGGCGCAUCGAGAAGAAGAAUGCUGAGAUGUAUAAAAUGUCUGCUCAGCAAUUCCACGAGGCAGCUUCGAAAGCAGAGAGCGUAAUAAAGCCCCGCCGAGUGGAGCCUGUGUGCUCAGGGCUCCAGUACCAGAUCCUCCGCUGCUAUCGAGACCAUCUGCACGAGGUGCUGCUCUGCUCAGACCUGGUCAAGGCAUACCAGCACUGUGUCAGCUCUGCCCACAAGGGAUAAGGAGCAGCUGUCAUUCCUGCCCUGCCAGUGAGCUGGAGCCCUGAAGGGGGACUGACCACGGGACCACAGACCCCAGGCCAUGGCCACAGUGCUCUGCUGGCCUCUGCGCUUGCAGCUGCUAUGUGAUUAGGAAAGUGUGUGCUACUGUCUGAGAACAAAUAAAGCAGAUGUCACUGUUUUCACCCAUC